AUGCUAAUGAAAUCCAUUGUCAUUAGAUAUAUAAUUGGAGUAUUGUUCCAAAUUAUCACUUCGAUUGCUGCUUUAGAAAUUUCAGAAAAUACUGUUAUCGAUAACCUUGCAACUGUUACUGACGACCUUACAAUUGAUAGGGGAUCUUACUUAUUAGUCACAUAUGAUCCAAGCGUGUCAAUCAACAGUAACAAUAUCGUGAACAAUGGUAACUUGUGUAUUGGUACAGCUAGUACUACGGAUUCCAUAUCAAUUAAUAUUGCUGGAUCCAGUCUCAACAAUAAAGGGAAGUUGAUUAUUGAUAAUGGGCCAAUUGGUACUGCAUCCACGUUGAUAAAACUUGCCACAUUAACUAACAGCGGGUACUUACGUGGGCGAUUAAACGAUGGAAGCGACGGUUUAACCGUGACAGAUUCAUUUAUUAAUACUGGCUAUAUAUGGUUAGGGUACUCUGGUAAUGUAUUUGGGUCAUUUACAAUAAACCCUCCAAACACUGGUAUUCAAAAUUCAGGUACAAUUUCUUUUACCGAUUCAAAUGUAACUAUCAAUUUUCCGGUUACAGGUGGUGGAUGCAUGGUAGGAAGUACUAGUCGUGACACUUUUGCGGUUAAUACUGACUAUUCAAUUGAUCAAACAAUUUAUUUAACGUCAACCACAACUAAAUCAAUUACUAUAUUGGGCUCUGGUAAAUAUAUACCCGUCAUUAGAGGGGUCGAUGCAAAAACAACUUUUCAAUUCGGCAGACAGGUUCGUAAGAGCAACAAUACAAAAUCUGUUAUUUCAUAUAAUACUACCUCAGGCAUCUUAACUACUUGGAAUGUGUACGGUAUUAUGAAACUUGAUAUCGGUACUGGAUAUGACGCAACCGGAUUUAUUUCUGGACAAGUGAUAUCAGGUUCAUGCUCUACUUGUUAUGCACCAAUUAUAUCGUAUUCAGGUAUUGUGCCAACAGCGGGGACAAGCAGACCAUCGAUAUGUGAUAUCGAACCUGAUCGCACGAUGGCACUAUGUCCUUUAAUUAUUUCUUCAUCAUCAUCCGCAUUAUCGUCAAGUUAUGCACAAAGCUCCAGUAGUUUGGUUCCCUCUUCAUCUUAUUUAUUGUCAAGUCUGGAAACAAGUUCUACCGUUCUAAUUCCAACUUCCUCCUCUUUGAGUCAGCAGCAUACUGCAAGCAAAACCAUAGUUAUGAGUAGUAGUCAAUGUGUUAUCACUGAAACCGCCAUGGAAUACUUCAGUACGCUGUAUAAUACAACAUACUCAUAUAUUACGGUUGCAACAAUUAAUGAGGAAACUACGGACACAUAUAUUACUACCUCAUUCUCUUCUAAAUAA